AACGAACCUUCGAGGCAGGUGCACUCCCCCAUGCGUUGCUGGACAGCUGCCACAAACCCGUCCAGAUGCGCGGGAGUUCAAAUGGACCUAGAGAAAAGUAUUCAAAGAUCCCGUUCACUCUCGACCUUUUAUCCUAAGUUCAGGCAAAGUUCGGCGUCCAUAAAAUUGCAGAUAUCCCUGCACCUCGUGAUACCGAGCCCCCGCGAGCGUGCGAUCAAUGUGGAGAUCACACAUUUCUUAGAACUUUGAUCAGCUAUGUGCUCGAGUGAAAAUUCGGAAGUUUGCAAUUCUAAGAAGGCGUCAAAUCAUCCCUUGUGGCUUGACAUGCCUGUCUGAUAAAGGCUGAUACAGACCCUUUCCGACGCCAGUUGGGCUUCCGGAUAGCUAUACACCAAGCAACUCAGUGCCGGAAGUUGUCGGCUUUCGGCGAUUGAAACUCCAUAUAAAGUCUAUGACCAAGUCAAGGAAAUAGCAAUCAAGUUUCUGCGAUGCCUGCCCCAGGCUCGUCCGCCCCUCCCCGCCAAAGCAGCAAGCCAGUUCUAGGACAUGUCAAUCUUAUGGUGGAUACGUUCAUUGCAAACGCGAAUAUUGAUGAGCAAGUGCCGGCUCGGGUUUCUCACAUGGUGUGACGGUACUGAACGCCGGCUUGUCAGCCUCCGGGCCAUCGUACGCAGAACACUUGCAACCAACCCUCCGAGUUUAGCUGCAUGCUUUUCAGAGGCGGCUCGCGAGCGUUUACUCCAGACCAACGCUACCUCUCGUCCUGCAGGGAUCCUCUUCACCAAGAACGAAGCCGAUGGGCGAACUAUUCCCGGACCUGAUCUCAGGCCUACUCUCAUUCGGGCGCGAACUUUAUAUGGAGCGGGGCUAGGUUUCGCUUCCUUGAGGCUUCUGGCUGUUGUUGUGAAAGCCACGCAAGGCCAUAUGUGGGACGAAGGAGGAUAUCUGGAGAAUAUAUUGGCCGAAAUAGAUGCAGAUAUCAGUCAGGCACUGCAAAGCUCCCGAGAAGAACUAGAUGGUGGCAGAGUGGGAGACAUGGCUAUGGCAAGGCAGGCCAUGGAGGAGCUGCGAGCGGCUGUGAAGGAAAGCCAGGCGGGGGUUGAGGGAUGGGGUGGAGUAUAUCCGUUUGAUAGAGCCGCAGUAACUCUGGAUUAUUGCAAGGUGUAGCGCCUCCUUGCCACCAAUCAACGAUGCCCGUACAAUAUUAGGUGCAGUGGAUCCGCAUCACUGAACUCAUGCGC